AUGGCCAUCUUUGUAUUAUAGAGAAUCAAUAAAUAAUACAGGCAAUCAUUUUUAUUCACAAUUACUGAUAACUCUUAAGGUAGUUUUAAUAUUAUCAUUAGAAUCCUAGAAAUGAUUAUUCCUUUAUUGAUUGAUAACCCUUUUGCUUAUUUUACAUUUGAUCAGAAUCAUUUAUCAUUUUAAAUAAAACUCUCAAAUUUUUCAGAUUUUAGUUAAUUAAAUCCAUUCAAAUAAAAUUAAAAAAACUUAAAGGCCUUAUUAAGAAAAUAUAUGAUUUUUGGAACUACUCUAGAAGACUUUAUUUUCAAUAGAUUCAAUACACAUAAUAAUAAAUUACUAGUAAACAAAAUCCUAGAAUUAAAAAAUUAAAAAAAACCAAAUGAAAAAUUAAUCAUUAAAUAUUCUGAAUUCUAUAUUGCAGAAUUAAUGUUUAUGAUUGUAAUUGAUCAAAAACAAUAAGUUAUACUGUCUUAAUAAUAAAAAAUAUAAAAAUUAGAAAGAGGAAUUAAGGCUUUCAUUAAUGGUAUCAAUAAGUUCUUGCAAGCUUAGCUUAACUUAAUUAAUAGAUCAAAUUAUGAUAAUCACUCAUUUUAUAAAAUGUAAACAAAGUUAAUGUACAUUUUGACAAAAUUUUCAAUCUCUAAAGAUAUUGAACUUUCAUCUUGUAACUUCAACUACAAAAUAAAAGAGUAUAUCAGAUUAUACCAAAAAGCUUAUAAUAUUUAAUUUUCCUAUCAUAUAGAACAUGAUUUUUACAUUAUAACUAUGAAAUAAAUGCUAAAUUAACUGCUCAUUAAAUUAAUGACAUUUUUGUCUAGACUUAAUGAAGAUUAAAUUUUAAUAGAAAUUUCUUCUGAACAAAAUUAUAUUGACAUAAUAAUUUAUGUAAAAUCUGUAGCUGCCUUAAAUGUAAAAAUCUAAAAAAAAUCCAAUUUCAGAAAAAUUUUAAAAUAAAUAGGACCAUAUGACACAAUAAUAGUCAAUGAAGAAAGUAAAUUUUAAUAUAUAAACAGGUGUAAUUAUUCGUUUGUACAAAAAUUUGGGAGGCUUGGAAGGAAUGAAUCCUAUUGAAUUGUAUUGA